UGGUGCCUCAAGUACGCAUGACGUUAUUGUCUGCCUCUGUGUGUAUGUGAUUUCUCAGACAAGUUUAUUGCAAUUUCGAAUCACAACGUUCACAGUCAACAUGGCAGCCGCAGCGCCUAAUCCGGAGGAUUCGAACCGAGGCGGCUGCAGUACCGGCACAGCCAGCGCCCUCGCUGGGGACGGAGACUCGGAGGAGGCCGAGGAUUUCGGCUCGUCCUCCCACUGCUCGGAACUGUCUCGUCGGCAGAAUGAACAGAGAAAGCUUGGGCUGUUCUGCGACGUGACUCUGGCUUUUAGCAGCGGGGCGAUCACCGGGAGUGUGCCGUGCUGCGAGUUCUCUGUUCAUCGCUCGGUGCUGGCCGCAGCAACAGAUUACUUCACUCCGCUCCUCGGUGGACAGUUUUCGGAGUCACUGUCUGGACGAGUGGAAAUGAAGGAAUGGAGUUCUGAAAUGGGGCCAGACCCGGAGACGGUGGAAAGCGUUAUACAGUAUAUGUACACCGGGGAAAUACGGGUCAGCACUGCUAACGUUCACGAGGUGCUGGAGCUCGCUGACAGGUUCCUUCUGCUACAGCUGAAGGAAUUCUGUGGUGAGUUCCUGAAGAAGAAGCUGAAUCUUACCAACUGUGUGGCAGUGCACAGCCUGGCACAUAUGUAUACCCUUGACCAGCUGGCCUUGCGUGCUGCCGACAUGAUCCGCCGCAACUUCCACAAGGUCAUCCAGGAUGAGGAGUUCUACACCCUGCCUUUCCACCUGGUGCGUGACUGGCUGUCUGACACUGAGAUCACCGUGGACUCCGAGGAGGUGCUCUUUGAGGCAAUCGUAAAAUGGGUGCAACGCAACGCUGAAGAGCGGGAGAAGUACUUUGAGGAGCUGUUCCGUCUCUUGCGGCUUCCCCAGAUAAAGCCCACCUAUCUGACUCGGGUGGUCAAGUCCGAGCGGCUUGUGUCCAACAAUGAGGCCUGCGUCAGGUUGGUGUCAGAGGCCGUGGAAGGCUACGCCCUCCGUUUUGAAAACCUUAAGCCGGCUGACCUGGAGUUCUGGACAUCGUACGUGGCAUCCUUCCAGCCACGCUUCGGCCAGAACAUGGACGUGAUCAUGGUGGUGGGCGGGGUGUCAGAGGGCGGCGACUACCUGAGCGAGUGUGCGGGCUACUUCAUCUACGAGGACCGCUGGGUCAACCUACCACACAUACACAAUCACCUGGAUGGCCAUGCCAUCGCCACCACCGAGUCGCACGUCUACGUUGCAGGGUCCAUGGAACCAGGCUUCGCCAAGACUGUAGAGCGGUACAACCCCAACCGCAACACCUGGGAGCAGGUGAACAACCUGACCACACGCAAGCACUCCUUCGGCCUCACCUGCGUCAAGGACAUCGUCUACAGCAUCGGAGGCCACGGCAACUUCAGCCCUGGCUUCAAGGACGUGAGCGUGUAUGAGCCAGAGAACGACAGGUGGCACAACCUGGAGUCAGCACCAAAGAUUCUCCGGGAUGUGAAGACGGUGAGUGUGGAGGAUCGCUAUGUGUAUGUGACGGCGCGCACGCCGGUGGACACAGAGAACGAUGAUGGACUGAAGACCAUCACCACACGCUACGACACAGAGAGCCGGCAGUGGCAGGAGGUGGACUCGCUACCGCUCAUUGACAACUACUGUGUCUUCCAGAUGGCUGUGAUGCCCACCAACUUCUACCACACGGCUUCCUGCUGCCCCAAGAGCUACUCUGUGCAGGAUGAGGUGGCCCGGCAGAAGAUCAGCAGCCGCAUCUCUGACGAGAUCCUGGAGACCCUGCCGCCGGAAGUCACCACCAUCGAGGGGGCCGCCAUCUGCUACUUCGGAGAGGACGUCUUCAUCAUCGGUGGCUGGAAGAACAGCGACGACGUGGACAAGCAGUACCGCAAGGAGGCCUACCGUUACUGCGCCGAGAGGAAGCGCUGGAUGCUGCUGCCGCCCAUGCCCCAUCCGCGUUGCCGCGCCACUGCCUGCCACGUCCGCAUCCCCUACCGCUUCCUGUACGGCUGCCAGCACUACCCCAUGCCCCAGAACCUGGCGCGGCAGCGGGACCGCAUGCAGCAGAUGCAGCAGCUGCACCGCCGCACGCUCACACUGCGCAGGCAGCUGCAGUCGCAGAUCGAGUGCUGAAGUUCACCUUCCCAUACUCGGGGGUAAAGUUGCACAAAACUCACAACCUCCAUCUCUCAGUGUCAC